UGCGCAUGCGCCCCCGGGUCUCACUCAGUGAGGAUUAUGGGAAUGGCAGAGCAGGUUCCCAGUUGGGUCGGUGUAUAAGUAAAUGUUAAGCGCAGCCGUUCCUGAGUGGGUCGAGCAGGCUCUGCUGAGGCAAUGGGGAGGCGAUAUUUCUGCGACUACUGCGAUCGCUCUUUUCAGGACAAUUUACACAACCGCAAGAAGCACCUGAAUGGCGUGCAGCACCAGCGGAGCAAAAAGGCCUGGUUUGAUACGUUCAGAGAUGCUUCGGAGGUCCUUGCAGAAGAACAAACCAAGAAACUUUGCAGGAGAUUUAUACAGUGUGGUCAGUGUGACUUUGGCCCUGGCUGCCGCUUUUCCCAUCUGACAGUAGAGGAACUGGAAGCUCUGAAGGGUCAAGUAGAAGCAGAAAGAAGGGCAAGAGAGAUGCAGAGAAGACAACUGCCCCCUUGCAAUGUAGAGAGAUGGCUUGAAGAGAGAGCCAAGAAGAAGAAAGCGUGCAGUAACAAUGAUUCUGUUUCUCAACCACCCACCUACCAAUUGCCACCUGGCUGGCCACCUCUGUGUGAGCUGCCUCCUUCACUCCACCCCCCCUCAGAAUGGGAUGAACCACCUGGCCAGGAAUGGGGCUGAAACUAGAAGAAGAUAAGAAAGGGCAUAUCUGCAAUGUAGUGUUCACUGAUAUUUUUUCUUUUGUUUUAUAUAAUAAAAUUGUGAAAAACAAUAA